AGAAACUGUCAGCUCAGAAUUGUACGCACACACACAACAAUAGGCUCGCACCCGUCACACACUUUGUACGAUUGUAUGUAUUUGUACAUAUACAUACAGUGCGAGUCGCAGUAGCGCUGCAAUCAUCACAUACAAAAAGUCAAAGCGCUGAACUAGUAGUAUGACAACAACAAAAUUCAUUUGUAACAAAUAUGUCGAAGUGAACGCGAGUGAAGUACACACGUCGCAAUGGAUUUCGUAUUGGUCAUCACAUAAUUUGUUUUCAAUAUUGCAAAUUGUUUCAUUGCGAAAGUUGUUUUGUUUUUCUUUUCUGUGUCAGUUAGACAAGUUUGUUAUUACAUUGGAACGCGUUUUAUUUUGAAGAGUGAGCGCGCGCAACAGGAAAAGAAACAAUACCAGAAAUUAUGAUACCGGUUAGUUCACGUGCAUUCAUGGCAAUGCAAAACUUGACCAUCGCUGAACUAACAAAAUGUGAUGAGAAAGAAUUGCGAUCGUUGCUACCGUGUUUGGUGCGUAUGGCAACGUUGAAACAACUAGAUAACACAAAAGUAACCAUCGAUUCAAAAGCACAAAUUUUAUCGCUUCUUGUGGGCGUCGUUGAGGUGAAUAAUAUUGUGGCUUUGCUGCAAAUUGACUUCCAUGAACUGGAAACAGACAUCCGCAAAGAGCAACAAUUGAGACAAAAGAUUGGAAAUUCGAGCCAAGAUUCAGCACAAUUGCAUGGCCUUCAGAAUGGCGUUGCUCUGGGCUUUGAGCGUGCAGAAAUUACACAAAAAGUACGCAUCGUUCUAUCGGAAUUGUUCUACAUUCAAUCACAAAUUUUUGAGCAAAACCAGUUGAACACGAUUCGUGGACCAAACGACAACAUUCAGAAGCAGUCUGAAUUAUUUGACAAUGACAUCUAUUUGGAGGAAAUUACUCACAUCAUUUGCAUCGCACUCGCUGAACUGCCAUCACUUUUCAAUAUACAAGAAGUGAUCGAAACAUUGCUGUAUGUUAAUAAUGGCAGCACCAUUAUUUGCUGGAUCGUUGCAAACAUGCCCGAUUGCUUUAAAGAAGUUGUAACAGCACUGAUAUCGAAUGGCGACGAGGAAACGGCAGAAGGAAGACUUCGAUCGAAUGCGUUAUAUGCAUUAUGCGAUAUGAAUCCCGGUCAAGCCAUUUCCACUCGAACUCUAUGCGUUGAAAUGGGCAAAAUGCCAUCACUUAUGCUGAAGCUCAGCUUGAAGGAUCCAAAUGACUUGAUUGCCUUCGUCUCAAGCUUGCUACUGGGAAAUGAUCAAAAUACCCGAUCCUGGUUCUCAUUGUACGUUCGAACAAGUCAAAAGAGGAAAAACGAUGCGUUGCAAGCAAUACGUGACGAACUGUUGAAACAGCUGCAGAAUAUCUUGAGAUCAUCUCAAAAUUCCCAUCUUCCCGACGAGUAUGUGAUCCAAGGUGCUGCCAUUCUACGGUUGUACUGUGCAUUGCGCGGAAUUGCUGGAAUAAAGUUCAACGACGAUGAAGUGUCAAAAAUUCUGCAAUUGAUUACGACAAAAAAGCCUACGCCGACGGCAUCUGGCAUUCGAUUUGUAUCGAUUGGUCUAUGCAUGUUGAUUGCAUGCCCAUCGCUGAUAAUGCAGCCCGUACAAGAAUCAAAAGGAAUCGAAUGGGUGCAAUGGUUGAUCAAAGAAAAAACGUAUCUCAAGUCAAACAGUGGUGUGAGUGCAUCAUUUGGUGAAAUGUUGCUUCUGAUGGCAAUUCAUUUCCACAGUAAUCAAGUGUCUGCCAUUUGUGAACUGGUCUGUUCGACGUUGGGCAUGAAAAUUCCACUUCGUCAAAACAACACAACGCGAAUGAAGCAAAUUUUCACACAAGAAAUAUUCACGGAACAAGUUGUGACUGAACAUGCCGUCAAAGUUCCUGUGACACCCAAUUUGAAUGCAAAUAUGCUCGGUUAUCUGCCGGUUCAUUGUAUACAUCAACUGUUGAAGUCACGUGCGUUCACCAAGCACAAAGUUCCAAUCAAAUCUUGGAUUUACCACCAGAUAUGCAAUAGUUCGACGCCAUUGCAUCCAGUUUUACCAUCGUUAAUUGAAGUGUACGUAAAUUCAAUCAUCGUUCCGACUGCAAGGGGACCCAUUGAGCACACUCACCAGCCGUUAACCCAAGAGGAUAUUAUUCGUGUGUUCCGCGAUUCGGUGAUUGGAAGUGGUUUGAGUAAGGUGAGAAAAAUUGAUGAGUUCGACGCCAAAUUGCCGGCAUUGAUGAAGAUGGAAAGUGGUGCGGCAAAGAAAGGCGAUGAUUCCGAUGGCAAAUCAUCACAAUCCACGGAAAAUGUUCCCACGGACAACAAUUUCAAAUGCACAUCAAAUACAACGUCACAGCUUUUGAUUUUGUACUAUUUGCUUUUGUAUGAGGAUGUUCGACUGAGUAACAUGGCGUCAUUGUUGGCCACUGGACGCAAGAUCAAAAGCUAUCCUACAGAGUUUUUGAAUGAACUUCCGAUCAAAUAUUUGCUACAGCAGGCCCAACGCAAUCACAACGAUUUCAGCGGCUUGUUCAGCCCAUUGUUGCGAUUGUUGGUAACACAUUUCCCGCAUUUGUCAUUGGUUGAAGACUGGAUUGAAGACGAAACGCAGCAAAAAUCACACUAUUCAAAGGUGCACAUUCAAUCGUUUCAUGUUUUGGAAGCGUUUGAAGAGAUUGACACAUGUCCAUCGAAAGUCAUUAAAUUGCUCCGGUUAAUGCUGAAGAAAUCACCGUCGGAUAUUUGGCCACUGGCCGAAACGUUCAUUCAAUACUUCCGGCGCACAUUGAAAGAUACCGUGCCACGCCUCAUUCAGGAUCUCUACAAACAGGUUUGGAUUCGCCUGAACACAGUUCUACCGCGUCGACUGUGGAGCAUGACAGUCAGCGCGUUGAUGCCUGAAGACAUUUUGAUCAAAGCCAACCUUAUACCACCGAAAGAAAUGACCUUUGAUCCAAUGUUAGUAUUGAGAUGUGAUGAACGAGUGUUCCGAUGUCCAGACGCGCUGGCUAUCGUUCUGCGGAUACUACAAGCCAGUUUGGCUGCAUCGAAAAGCCAAUUGGCCCGACACAUUCUGGAUAAACCUCUGCAACAAGAUCGACCAGGCCAAAUUCAAUCGGAAGCAGAACGUGAGGAGCUACGAACGGCUUUGGUGGCAUCACAAGAGAGUGCAGCUGUUCAAAUAUUGCUUGAAGUCUGCUUGGAAACGGAUGAAGACCGUUUAAUCGUUGGCAGAGAGUCGGAAUUGCGUGAAAUUCGCGGUUUGAUAUGCCAGUACAUUCAUCAUGUAUUCAUUUCGGAGCCAUCAAUGGCACGAUUGGUGCAUUUCCAAGGGUACUCACACGAUUUGCUCGAGAUGACUGUUCGUGGGAUACCAUCGAUGCACAUUUGUAUGGAUUUUAUACCCGAACUGCUUGGAAUGCAAGAGAUGAGCAAACAAAUAUUUGCCAUCGAUUUAACGUCGCACCUAUCGCUUCAAUACGCCUUUCCAAAAUCUCUGAGUUUGGCCAAACUCUGCAUAAACUCCUUGUCAACGCUGCUCGGAUUGCUGUCAUCUGACACACGCAUCGAAAUGUUCCGAUCCAUUUUGCCGUCGUUGGCACGAUUCGCUCAAGCAUUUCCACCAUUAAUCGAAGAAUGCGUUUUGAUUUUAAUGCAACUGGGCCGACUUGCUGAUGCUCAAUCAUCAUUGGGACGAUCCAUAUCACUGCCAUCCUUAUCGCUGAGUCCAUGCUCGAAAAUACGAGUUCAAUCGAGAAAAGCACUCUCAGUGGAUAAAAUGAUGGACGAAAUUCGUGAAACUUUCGGCAAACUACUCGAUGAAGCCGUAUUAAAACCGAAAAUCUAUUAGCAUAAUUUAGUGUUAGACAAAUAAGAUUGAUUUCAUCACUUGACUUAUAAAAUAGAUUUAUUUUUUUCAUUUCUGAAUAAAGCCACAUUGAAAAUAA